GGCUGCUGAGGUGGCCUUUUGUAUCCAGGCAUUAUUACCUAUCAGCAGCAGCUCUGGAUCCCACAAGACAACCACCCUGGACCAGGAUGCUGCAUCCCCUUGGCGAUGUCCUGUGCACCCAGGUUUCAGUGCAGCUUUUGUUCUCCCUCCAUCUCCCCCAAGUUCUGCAAGCAGAACCACGUGCCUUGUGAGGACAAGGACAAUGUAUAAUUAAAUGCAGCCAGUGAGAAAGCCAACCUCCCACACCACAGAGAGAAGGAGCAUAGCUUGUCAUUACAGUCUGUGGUCAUUUAUGAUGAAGACGUAUUUUCCGAGGGAAAACAGGCCAUCACUGAAAUAGCUGCUUCUCCCCAGCGUUUUCAACCAGCUCUGCCUCUCUACAGUGCUGUAACGUGACCGCAGCGCCAUCUGGGCUCAGAACUAGGCACUUCCCACUCCUCAGUCAUGUUUCCCUGCCUUGCCACUGCCACAAAUCCUCUGUGUGAUCGGGACUAUCAGCAUGUAUCAGGAUGAGUAGUUAUGGAGUUCAUUUACCACCUCAGAGGUGAAAUGUCUUGCCAGCCAGAGACCGUAAAUCAUAGAUCCCAUCGGCAGGCUCAGGCAAGGGAGAUGAAGGAGGCUUAUGCAGCCACAUUGGAUUGCAGUCCUGGAUGUCAAAAGGACUUUUUCAGACGAGGAGUGCUGAAGACCAAGCUCCAAAAUGCUGGUACCUGCCAAGCCUGGCUGCCGCAGGAUACUGACAUCCCUACAGUAACCCUGUUCAGACAGAAAAAAUGCUAGAACUAUCAUAAAAGGUUAAAAAAACCCCACCCCAGUACUGCAUAGGAAUGUAUAACAUUGCCACAGGGAGACAUUAAGCACUUUAAUUUGGCCAGGCUGACAAAUGUACAAGAGCUGGUGAGACACAGAGCUGACCUGGCCCCUAGUGGGCCUCAAGGCAAGACAACUCUAGAAAGGAAUGUCCUAAAACAGUGUGUUCCUUUUCCAACAGGCUACACAAGUGUAAUUUUGCUUUUAGGCUAGUCUCUGUGACCCAGUACACGCAUUUUUCUUAAAUGUCAAGGGCCACUCUCUUCAGGCUCUUAAGGCUCCACUGUGUUUAUGCUACAGGAGCAUAUUUUAAAGUGGAUGCAAAUGUCCCUAUAAAUAUUAGCAAUUUGAGAACUGAGCUUCAUGGAAAAACUGAUGCUAGAGAACUGUAAUUUUGAAGUCCUUGUGGCAUCAAAUGAAUAUGGUAUUCAUGAAAAGUAUUUUGCAGUGGGAAAUAUCCUGGAGCCUGGGUUAAACUCUUAUUUUAGCACUCACUGUUCUGCAUUUACUGACGUGAAAUUCUAUCCUUCCGCAAGAACUAGUUCUAAAAGCACACUUAAUGUGAAUGAACGCUCAGAAUAUCCUGGAAAUAUGUAAGUAAGUCAUGAGAUCACUAACAGCACUUAGCACAGGCCAUUAGCUAUCUAGGCCUGAAUAGCAUUAAGCAUAAAAUCAUAUCACCUAGAUGUCAAGAGUGUCAGAUGAAUAAGCCAGGCAGCCUGUAAAUGCAACAAAGAGUGGAGGAAAAAUAUCCCUUAUGUAAGAGUUGAGCAGAUCUGCAAUCUCUCAAGCACAGUGCCUGUAACAUGCCUCUGUACUGCAAGAUAACCAAUGUCCCAAACUGAAGCUUGAAUGGGAUAAAGUCAUUUAUCUUUCCCUCUAAUGUCUGGUGGAAGAGACAGGGCUCCCUGGGUGAAGCAGAACGUGGCAUCUCCUCUGUUUGAGUUAGUUGCUUAAAUUGGUCAGAGGCUGAUGCUUUGGGGUUUUCAUUAAGGUUAUCUGGAAUUUCCAUCCUCUGGAAAUAUUCCAGGGUUUGAAGAAAAAGACUUGUCCCGCAUCUGAAUAAAAUCUAAAAGAAACUGGACACCUUUUGCAGAAAAUCUGGGGGGAAAAAGUAAUAAAAAAGCCAACUGUUGGAACAACCCAAGUUAUAUUUUACAGCUGGCUUCUGGAGUCUUUUGGCCUGACCAAAAAACAAAUUCUCUGGUGAAACUGGAAUUGUCUAGCAGCAAAUCAUUCUAGCAGACAAUUCCCCACUCCUUUCCCUGUUAGUCAUUGGAACUUCUUUUCCUUGCAUUGAAAUGUAAAACAAAAAUUAUUGCACAACUGACCUAAGAAUGAAAAAUAAAACUCUUGAGCCAUGAGUACGCAGGCAUUGAGUAAAUGUCACCUGAAUCAACAGAGAGUGUAACAGAUGGAGCCUUUAACAUUGUUCUUGCAAAUUAAUCAUUAAUUUAUUUUUUAAAAUAAUCAUCAUAAAUCUUCCUAGAACAGAUUGUUAUUCUGCCUGUUAUGAUCUAUUAAACCAAUGCAGAAUGAGAUCACUACAAUUUAAGUUACCAUUUUUGAGGCUGCCAAAUAUCCCCCAAGUAUUUCCUGCAGCUGGGACUGCAAGCAUCUUCCUUGGAGCUGGCAGCCUGCUUGCACCGUAUCCUGCUCCAGUCACACACAGGGACCCGGAGCCACUUGGGCUGAGUCGCUUCGCUUGACCCCCUUGGGCAGCAGCAAUUUCGGAGGCUGACUCCCAAGUUGCCAAGCUGCAUGUGGCACCGGCACUGCAGGGAGGCAUGGCCACCGGCCUCAGGCGCGGGGACUGGAAAAUGCUUCCCCGGAGGUGGGCUCUCACCCAUUCCAGCCUGCAGCUCAGCUCAGAUCACUGGGGUGCAGCAGUCCCCGAUGCCUUUGGAUAAAUGGGGACUUUUCUCCUUUCUCUUGGAAAUUCCCACAUUGCAAAGGCAAAGGACACAGCAGGAAGAGUGGCAGCUGUGGGAGCCAGGUUACCAAAACCAGUUUUUUUCCAUGUUAUUUUCUUUUUGGUGUAAUUUCCUGAGUGGGUUAUUGAAAAAACAAUGACAUAAUGGGCACAGUGCAGCAACAGGGCAGACAGGACCACUUAGGAGCAAAACAGCCAACAACAUAUUUGUGUAGGAGAAAGCAAAAACAGCUUGUGGUAAGGAGAAUUCACGGAUUACCAGAGUAAAAGCACACAGCCAUCCCCUGCUCCUGCAGCCACUUGGAAACACAUGAAGGAUGCCUAAAGCGGGGGGGGGGGGGAGGGGGGAGAGGAGUAAUCCAAACCAAACAAAAACCAAACCACCACCCCAAAUUGCAGCAAUUAUUUGAUCAUUUUCACUUCCUAAAUUGGGAGAGAGAAAUUCCGCUGGGUCAUCUGACCUCUGUUGAAACUACACCAGGAAGAGGAGCGCAGGGCGUUCUCCAGCUGUACAAAAGCCUCUUGUCUGUGAGCUGGAGAUCAGAGCAGCAUAAGGAUGUGUGUGUGUGAGUGUGUGUAGCAAGGCGAGGCGCAGAUAUCCUCCCGGCCAGAUCAUCUCUUGCACAACUCUCUAAUCCUGUGCAGCCCGGCAGACCUUUUGUCCUUCCCUUUGCUGCUCUUCCUCCCCAAGCAUGCCUCCAGAGCAGAGCUUCUGAAGAGCCAUUUCCUCCUGCACACGUCCCUGAAGACAGCUCUCCCCAAGAAGAGGAGGUCAUCAGCAGCAUGGUGGGGGUGACCGUGAUGAGGACGUGGAUUGAGCCCGUGGUCACAGGUUCCCAAGUGGCCAGUGCCUUCUACGACACAGCGCUGCUGCUGGUGGUGAAAAACUACUACAACCAGACCAAUGCCACCGCUCCGUCCCAUGUGCUGGAAGAUGCUCAGCAGAAGGCUGUCUCUAAUUUUUAUAUCAUCUACAACCUUGUCCUGGGCCUGAGCCCACUGGUGUCAGCCUAUGGCUUGUCCAAGCUGGGGGACAGAAUACAUCGGAAGAUUCCCAUCUGCUUCCCUCUCCUUGGCUACUUGGGCUCCAAAACUCUCCUGCUCCUCCUGAUCCUGCUGGGCUGGCCGAUCGAGGUGAUGUACGGGGCUGCUGCCUUCAAUGGGCUGACAGGCGGUUUCACCACGCUCUGGGCAGGUGUCAUGGCUCUGGGAUCCCUGGGCUCCUCCGAGAGCAAGAGGUCCCUGCGGCUCAUCGUUAUUGAGCUGGUGUACGGCCUCGCUGGCUUUCUGGGAAGCAUGGCAUCUGGCUACCUCUUUGUUGGCUUCAGUGACCGCUAUCGAGAGGGCACUGUGCUGGUGAGCUGCAGCAUUGCUUGCUAUGCUUUCUGCCUUCUCUACAGCAUUUUUGUCCUGACAGUCCCCAAGCCAGCAGCUUCCUGCCCAGCCAAACCCAAGAGUGCAGAGGAGGUGGGCAGCCAGCUACCAGCCCACACAGAGAGCAGCAGUUCCACUCCAGUAUCCCCCUCGAAACUCAUCAUCAUCAUGCUGUUUGUGGCAGCAAUCCUCUAUGACCUUGCUGUGGUUGGUGCAAUGAACGUACUCCCACUCUUCUUGUUCAGGGAGCCUUUAAGUUGGAAUGCCGUGCAGAUCGGACACGGCAAUGCUGCUGGGUAUGUGAUCUUCAUCACCAGCUUCCUAGGGGUAUUUGUGUUCUCCAAAUACCUGAAGGAUAUAAUCAUGACCAUGAUCGGAGUGGUAUCCUUCAGUGCUGGCAUCCUCAUCAUGGCCUUCGUGCGGUGGACGUUCCUAUUCUACAUCGCACGGGCAGUGAUGCUCUUUGCCCUCAUCCCCUUACCAACCAUCAGGUCCAUGUUAUCCAAGCAUGUCGAAGGAUCAUCCUAUGGAAAAGUGUUUGUCCUGCUGCAGUUGUCUUUAGUCACCACAGGAGUAGUGACAUCUACAGUCUACAACAAGAUCUAUCAAAACACACUGAACUGGUACAGCGGCUUCUGUUUCAUUUUGUCUUUUCUAGUCAGCUGCCUGACUCUCCUCCCCUUGAGCAUCGUGGCCAUCAAACAAUGUUCAACCACUGGCUUUCUUCAGAUUCUGACCAAGUGACAGAGGCUGUACCAGCUAAAGCCUCUUUUGGUGUUGAUCAACUCUCCAACUUAUCUAAGUGGAAGACUUGCCAAGCAUUAGUCACCACAGUUUUCAUGACUGGAAGAAUCUCAAUUUGUGUUUCCAUUUCACAGCAUGCCACAGGCUCUCAGCCACUGAGCUCACCCAGGACAAAGAAGUUUGCCUUGUUAUUUCUGCAGUACAUCAUCUCACAGAGUACGUGCACUGGCUAUUGAACACCAGCAGUCUUCAGAGCAUUUCAUUUUUCUGCUAGGCUGGUUAGCAAUUAUGCAGAUGGACAACAGGGUGGAAAUGAAAAUGGCAUUUCUAGACACAUCAUUCAGUGUGGAAGGGGAAAGCAGAGGAUCAGUUUUCCAUUAGUUCCUUCUCAUCUGUUUAUUAGGAAACCUCAGGGCUCUGUGCCUUUGGUUGAUGAAGCAGGGGCCCACAAGCCACAUGCGCACAGUUGUCAGCAGGACACACUUGUUCUCCAAGUGCUACAGAAGGUAUGUCAGCCUGGCCAAUCAAUGUUAUACAGAUUACUAAAUACAGAAAUACCACUGUAAAAAACAUUAAAUGUAAGAUUAAGACACUUUCAGUAAUUUCCUACAAUAAAACACUUCUGAACAGAUGUUCACACCCCUGUCUUCUGGGAGAUUGCCACACUGUCCCUGGGCAGUGCUUUAACACAGCUCAUGGGAGGACACCUAUGACUCAAGAGCCGAUACCAGCAUUUCAAUUCACACCGCAAGGGUGUACUACUCUUCUAACAGCUUAAGAACAGCUAAGUGCAGCACACUACUCCUGUGGGCUUUACAGAGGUGUAGGGACACUGAUACUAGGUAAUAAUCAGAGUUCAUUACCCGUGUUAAAAAUAAAAAUCUUUAUACUGCAUUGAAACCCCUACCUAAAGGAACCUCAUACAAUUCAGCAAUUGGUGUAAGGUGUUGGCAGCUAAAUACAAACAUGAUUCAAAAGACUGGCAUGCUCCAGAGGGAUCAGGGCUUAAAUUAUAUGUCUACUUACAUACUAAUUGAAUUAACAAGGAUUAAGUGGCUUCCAAGCUCCUGGACUAAGCAAGUUAAAAGCACUUCAGUAACUGAAAUAAUCUGAAAGCAAAUCAGGCAGUUCAAGCCAGGUAAGCAGCAAGCAGAAGUCAAUUACUCACUAUACAACCUCUUAUUCUGAGGAAGUUGCUGCCAACCCUGUAUCCCACCUCUCCACACACCCACUUGCAAUCUUUCCUUAGCUCCAGCCAUCACUUUCAAGUAAUACUAGAUGUAGUACAGGAUUAGCAGUAUAACUAGAUUUUAAGGGAAGGGUAUUUUUGCAGUAAGAUAGUGAGCCGCCUGGCAAAACAUGUACACACAUCACUUCAGUGGUGAAGGCUGCAAAAAUGAAACUUUAUUCUAGGUAAAGGAGUCAUCUUUUAAUACAUUUAUUGGUCCAUUCCAUUAAUUUAAUUGAGGUAAACAAAAUGGAGCAUUUUAAAAAAAAUGUACACACUAAUAGAGAAUUACAAACAGUUUUACCUCAAAGUGUUUUUCUCCAUCAAUACUAGUUCCAUAGUAAACAAUGCACAAAGUAUAUUUAUACAGAGAUAUAUGAAAGGGUAUAGAAACAUGCCAGCACCAGAAGGCAAGACAACAUUUCCUAGCCUGCGAGUCUGAACAAGAGUACAGUUGCCAGAUUUGGUCGAGCGCAGGAAACAAAAGCUUCCUUCCCAUUUUUACACUGUUUACUAGGCUAAUCCACACAGACACAAGUCUUUUCACAGCUUCCAUUUUGGUUUUCAGUGGUAUGAAUGGUGACUCUAGUUUUAGUGAGUGGGUCUACACAGGCUGAAAGAGAAAGAGUCCGGGCCAUGAGCCAGCACUGGUCAUUGUUGUCCCCAGUACUAAGACCUUCAACAAUGAGGGGAUGAGGUCCGCCUCCUCCACUCAGCCAGCUUGCCUUCACCUGCAUGGCCCGACUCUCCUAACCUUAAGGAGGGACAGAGGGAUGCAGGCACAGAGCAAAAAGAGAACAUGGACAGUACUGAUUUAUUUUCAUACGCUAAAGACAAAAGCCCUUUGGCUGUUUGCUGUUGUAAGACUGCCCCUCUGCAACCCGUCUCCCUGUGCAGUGGGAAUGUGGCACUGGCUCCAACCCUGCUGCUUGAUCUGAAGGAAUGGAUACGUAUCCCAGCAGCAGAAUUAAGGAAAUGGUUUAGCUUCAAAGCACAGAGUACCAAGGCCUGCAAAGUAGUCUAGGACAGUGACUAGCCUUUAAUAUUUUAUCAUGCCACUUAGGUAAGGGUGAUCUACUUAUGCCUUUUUGGAAAGUGCAUUAUUUUCUGCGUAAGUACUGUGCCUUAGCCCUGCAACCUUAAAAUUAGCCCAGUUCACUUGUACAAAUCAGAUACUCCAGCAAGACUACAAAGUGCUAAGCACAGAAUUAAAUUUUGCCUCUUUAUUUCAUAAAGUUGGCUAAACAGCACUCCCAAAAAGUUUAAAAUGCAACAUUCACACUGCUAGAAGGCAAGUUUAUUCCUGUGAUCCCCAGUUUUACUUUAUAAAAAAAAAAAAAAAAAAAUCUGGUAACUAGUAGCAACUCCCCUAUCUUCAAAAAAAAAAAAAAAAAAAAAAAAAAAAAAAGACCCCAUUUUCCGUAUUUAUUGGUUGCUGUAGUGAAAGGUAAUAUUCCAAGGGAGAGACUGUUCUACCUUCAGAAUUUAAGAAGGCUGAACAGCUAAUGAGCUAGUUUAAUGUAUGCAGUUUUGCUCAGUGGUGUUCAGCACCAGGAUUUUAAACAGAGUGCAACAUUAAUCAUAAACAGGUAAAUUGUGCAAUUUUUGACAAAAACACAGCUCCUGUUAAAACACUGAACACUCUCUGGUAGGCUGGGAGGGAAUUCUUUUGAACCUUGCAUCUGCAGGACCAACACCUGAAGAAAUAUGCAUCACAAACUGGCUACACAGAGCCACUGGUGGAAGACUGCCUCACAGUGCCCCCACAGAACAGCCGCUGCCACAUGAGCUUUGCGGAUGCUUCUUCCCUACCACAUAUCCCACUACUCUAUCCUUAGCACAAGUGCCAGUGUGACAAAAAUUCAAGUAGACCUCAGCGAAGAAUCCAUAGUUUCUUCUUUGCUACAAGUUACACUGGAACAGUUUGUGUGUUUAGUGCUACUCCUAUUACUUUUUUAUUUUUCCAACGGAUACCUGAAAAAGCUAUGGUGUUUCAACACCUAUACUUAUUGCAAGAGUCAGAGCCUGGUAAGGAUACACAUGAACAAUACACAGUUCACUACCAAGCAUGAAAACGAGAUCUCAGUGCCUGCUUUACUGUGCGGGUGACAGUUCAGAUAAGAAACAAACACCUCAGAAAUUACACAGAACUAACCACGGCAGCAGUGAAUUAUGCAUCCUCUAAGAGGGAACUUGGUCCGACUAGGGAUUACAAGUGGAACUGGGCUAAUUUAAGGACUGUUGAAUGACCCACAUGUUACAUAGACUCAUAGAAAAGGUCUGACUACUUUUGACAUAAUUUUAGUGCAUGUGUGAAUGGUGAACUUAAGUGACUGCACUCUUAAGAAUUUACUCAAAGAUGAAGCUCCUUCACUACACUCCUGCUUCCCUUUACUAACCCCUUCUACUUUUCACAUGCAAAGUUUGGGCCAUCCAAAGGAGAGACUCCUAUCCUGUAAGGAUUACAGGAUAACCUGUCAGAGUUCUGCUAACAGUUCAGAUCUCAGCAUCCUACUAACAAUAGGUUAAGUAAGUGCACUCUUUACAUCUUACAGGAGUUUCCUGAUGUUUUGUAGUUCUCCCAUUCAGCACUGCUGCCCCAAAACUCAGUCAGGAUCCUCCCUACACAGCCUCUCCCACAGUUACCUAGUGAUCUACAAUAGCUCUUUGUAAGAGUAUCCUCUAUAGCACAUACAAGCCAAGACACUCGCCACGACACUUGCAAUUCUUGCAAAGGACUCCUCUUUCAGAUACUAAGCCUUACUUUCAUUUCAGGGGCUUAAGAAGCUUUGGUGUUCCACAUCAUGUAAGAAAUCCACAUCAACCUGCAAGUACCACAGAGCUACAUAAUGCAACAGGGAAGUGCAAAGCGUGCCUGCCUUUCAACAGCUUAGCCAGAACAGGAUUUAUCUGAAAUCAAAACAUGCUUUGGAUGAGGACAAGUUUAAAAACCAUACUGCAGGAUCAGUGGCAUUGGAUUACAGAAUAUUUAAGACAAUCUUCAACAGCUCCAGCCUCAAAAGUAACACACCAAUUUGAGCUUCACUUGGUACUCCCCAUUGUCCGUUAUGCUUCUCAUGAACACUAUGAUGUCACAUGAUGUCACCACCAUCCUUUCUACUCAUCUUUCACUUUUUUUUUUUAAAAGGUGAAGGGAAGACAUGUCUAAAUAUUAGUUCAAAUUACAUUUUGCUUCAUUCCCAGUGAUGUUGCAGGGUCAACUACAAAAUUCCAUUUACCACAAAGGAACCAGCUCAAAAAGGCAUGUUGAUCUCUGUGGGAAAUAGGGAAGACUGUAUCCCUGAAGGUCAGACUGUUAAACAGUAUGUAAGUGCUUUAUUUUUUAAUAGGAAGAUUGAGGAAAACACCUGGCUCUACUGCUUCAAGAUGGUCCUCUUAAGCACUUCCUUGCACAAGAGUAGUUUAUCAUUCUGGACCUAACAGCAACUUAAAGCAGAGUUCUCAUUUACAGCAAGUAAGUGUAUAUUCACAAACUGUGAGCUUAAACCAGCAAGCAUAGUUUAGUACCACAGAGUUGUCAAUGAAGGCCGAGUCAAAAAGGAAGACCUCUUAAAAUGUCUUAAACUUGACUUUUGCACCAAGAGCAUCUAAUUGGCCUGAGAGCUACCACAUUGCUGCAAUACCUCAUCUUGAGAGUCGCUAUAAAUCUACCAAGUUGAGCAGGGGAGCUUCAGUUUUACUUGGUGUUUAUGAAGGGAUAAAGUCCAAACCAGACCAGUACCUUGUUGGUUGUCAGAGGAGAACACAGCAGUUGUACAUACUCAACUACUGCUCUUCACAAGAAUGUUGCCAGAGAUGAAGUUAUCACUCGAGGCUAGGAGUAAGCACUCAUUUAUUCCCCCAAAAUCCAAGUAUUACACUGAUAUUAGCCCCAACCACUUAGGAUGGUUAAAAAGGAUUUAUCUGCAUGCUGUUAAACCAAGACUCUCGGUCCCUGGGAAUCAUGGCAGCAUUCAUAUGGUCAUUAACAAAAAGCAGUCAUUUACUUGAGGUUGGACUGCCAGAGAAA